UGAAAAAAUUAAAAUUAAAAAUUGCGCAAGAUGGACGUCUACAGCAACAUCACUGCAGAUGAUUUGAUUACGAACCAAAAUACAGUGCAUCCUUCAUCCAUGGCAGAUCCUCAGGAAAUAUGUUUGUUCUAUGAGACUGCUAUUUCUCGUGAAGAAGGGUCUCAUCCCCAAAUCUGACUGAAACUCUACGAUAAUUAUUACACUUGGGCAUUGAAAAAUCUUAAAGGAGAUGAUGGGGUGGAGAAGAGGUUCAAAAUACUCCAGGACUUCACCCACAGAUUACGCAAAGAAGAGAGUCUGUACCAAGAUGACAAGUAUGUCUACUACUGGGCCCACUAUGCCAAUUCUGUUCAAGAGAUAUUCGAUGUCUAUCAUUAUAUGGAAAUUCAUAGGAUCGGUCAGACUACUUACAAUUAUUAUAUAAAUUAUGCUAAAGAUGUAGAGAAAGAACUCAGAGAUUUUCGCAAAGCCGAUAAGAUUUAUCGUACUGGUCUUGAUAUGAUAGAAAAAGAUAGGCAUAAAAAGAAGUUUCAGAAAGAUUAUGACAGAUUUGCUAAAAGAAUGGAAGGGAGAAUCAAUGAUAUGGCUGAACCUUUAAGAAAGAUCUCUACUUCAUCAUGCUCUUCUAGUAAAAUUUUCAGAAAAAGAAACAGAGCACCUCUUAUAGAGUCUAGGAGACGAGAUGACUCAGAUAUAACUCCAAUCAAAGCUAGUUUAAUGCCUCAAAGUCAGAAUUUCCUUGAUCCUUGAGUGAUUGGUUCUAGAGAAAAGCAGCCAUCUUUCACUCAAUUUCAAUACAAUAAUGACCAAUCAUGACUGAUUUAUGUAGAUUCUGACCAAAGGGACCAAUUUAUCCCUAAAGGCUCUAUGCUUGUUGAUAAGUACUACACUGAGUUAGACAUUCGGAAUCUUCCAUAUGAGAUUUUCUCUGAAAGUAAAAUCCAUGAAACCAGAUCUGAUAUGAAAAAGUCAUGGGUCAGCUGAAUCGAUAGUUACACCACUGGGGUACCUAAACCUGACAGCCCGAAGCCCCAAGAGAGUAACGACUCAGAAGACUCUGAAGACUUAGAAGAUUUAAAAGAUUUAGAUGAAGUCAUGGUUUUCGGUGGGAAAAUCAAUUGGAAAAACAAGGAUUCUGAAGGAAACUUAUUGAGCGCUGAAGAGCUAAGGGCAGAAAUGGUCUUAAGCCAUUUGAAAAAGAAGUCUAAUAACAAGCUAAAACCUAUCUUGAAAGUCAAACGAGAUUGCUCAAGUGGAUGUAUUAAUAAUGAUAGUUCAGACUCAAAAACGACAAAGUCCUUCAAGUCUAUCAGCAGCAGUUCAGUAAAUGAUUCAAUGCAGAAAAUUCGUCAGAGAUUUAACAACAGAAAUAAGCACAAAUAUGCUCAUCAAGAUAAAGAGAAUGAUGCUAUUUCCCAAAACAGCAAGUAUAUCUUCAAGAAGCCAAUUACUGACUCAUUACAGAAGAAAUGGAGAGACAACCUAGCUUGAUCUUCUAAAGAAAAAUCCAUUGAUAGAAGCGUUAACAAAAUUGUCAGCAAAAUGGGAGGACUGAAACUCUCAGAUUUCAGAAAAUACCAACCUAAGUUUGAGGAGAAACCUGAUAGGAGGGAUCCUUUCAAGCCAAUCAGCAACAACGUUAACUUCAUGGAGAAAUGCAAUGAAGAAUCUCAGAGCGAAGAAGAAAAUGUUGGAAACACACCAAUGAAGCUUUUCUAAUUUC